UUAAUUCUUUUUACUUAACAAAUAUUUCUGCCUAGACACUAUGAAGAAGAGUAGGGCAAUAUUCCAAUUAAGUUGUUUUUUUUUUAAUUGUCACAAGAUUUCUUUAUGUUAAAUCAGUUUUUUGAAGUUUUUAAACAUUUAUUUAUCUUUGAAAGAGAAAGAGACAGAGAGUGAGCAGGGGAGAGGAGCAGAGAGACAGGGAGACACAGACUCCAAAGCAGGCUCCAGGCUCUGAGCUAUCAGCACAGAGCCUGAUGGCGGGACUCAAACUCACAAACCAUCAAUUCAUGACCUGAGCCAUGUGAAGUCAGUUGCUCCAGGGACUGAGCCACCUAGGUGUUCCAGUGUUAAAUCAGUUUUCUUAUGUUUUCUUAUUUUAAUUCAAACUACCUGCUCAUUUAACAAAACAAAACAUAAACACCCUCUCUUUAAAACAUGCAAAGUUUUAAUAUUUAAAUAGCUUUAUAAUCACAUCCCCUUGAUAUGACUACUGAUAAGAAAAAUUCAAAGCAAUUAGAUUUCUUAAAUGGAAAAAUUUAACCUUUUCAAUUUAAAAGAUGUGUCUCAAAAAUGACAUGGGCACCUGGGUGGCUCAGUUGGUUGAGUGUCCAACUUCAACCCAGGUCAUGAUCUCACAGCUUUAAGUACAAGCCCCAAGCCAGCUUUAGCUCUUCUGUCCCUAUCUCUCUGCCCCUUCCCCGCUUGUGCUCUCUCAAAAAUAAAUAAAAUAAAAUUUAAAAACUGACAUGAAACACGUAUAGUAGAUGAAUUUUUAAAACUUUAAGACUAAAGUGUUAAUUAGGAUUGUAGUUAUUAGGUACUAUUACAGAUUUCUCUGAGUACAGUUUUUCAUCCUCUGUUCUUAUUGUCCAUGAACAUCUAUUAACAUUUAUUAUUCUUUCAUUCUUUCAGUAUCACUUAAGAGCAGGAUAGUUUACAUAUUUUCUGGCCAUGUUUUCUAGUAUAUAAAAGCUCCUGACCUACAGGAUGUUAUCAUCUAAUUACAAAAACUAAUUAUAGUUAUUAAUAAUUAAGAGAGUAUAGGGCUGCCUGGGUGACUCAUUCGGUUGAGUUUCUGAUUCUUGAUUUUGGCUCAGGCCAUGAUCCCAGAGUCAUUGGAUCAAGCCCCAUGUCAGGCUUUUCGCUGAUGGUGCAGAGCCUGCUUAAGAUUCUGUCUGCCUCUGCCCCUCUCCCCUUCUCGUACAUGCUCUCUUUCUCUAGCAUUAAAGAAAAAAAAUGAGAAAGAGUAUAUGAUAAAAUACAUAUGAAGAGAAGACUUUUGUGACCACCAUGGUGUACCCAGUCUCAGGUUAUUUAUUUAGUUUUAUGUCCUCAACUAAUGUUUCUUUUUAUUAAUGUGCUUUUGUUGAUUUGGUACUAGGCUUUCUUUAGCUUGAUUAAAUAAUUCUUUCCAGUUGUCAGAAUGAGUUUACCAAAGUUUUUCCAAUGCCCAGCAUCUAGUGGGGUCUUAAUAAAUAUCUGCUGACUGAGUGACUGAAUGUGAAAUACAACAUAAACACUCAGGCAAGUGAAAGUCAAUUUGGAUUUGGAAUUGACAAGGAAGGUCUGAAUAAGUAAGUGGCAUUUGAAUUGGCUCUAGAAGAAAAAGACAUGGAUAAAUGGAAAGAAUGAAGAGAGACAUUCACUGGGGUGGUAGAAAAUCAGAUAACACGAUGUUAACCAUUUUAAAGUGAACAAUUCAGUGGCAUUUAGCACAUUGACAAUGUUGUGUUACCAACUCUAUCUAACAUUUUCAAACACUUUCAUCAUCUCAAAAGGAAACCCUGUAUUCCUUAAGCAGUCCACAUUUCCUUUUUCUCCCCAGCCCCUGGCAACCACCAGUCUUCAUUCUGUCUCUAUGUGUUUACCUAAUCUGGAUAUUUCAUAGAAGUUGGAAUCCUAUGCUAUACAACCAUUGUGUCUGGCUUCUUUCACUCACCAUGUUUUCAAGGUUCAUUCACAUUGUAGCGUAUAUCAGUGCUUCAUUCAUUUUUAUGUCUGCAUAUUUCAUUGUAUGUAUGUACCACAAUUUGUUUUUCCAUUCAUCCACUGAUGCACCUUUGGUCUGUUUCCACCUCUUGGCUAUUAUAAAUAGUGUUGUUAUGAACAUGCAUGUGCAUGUGAUUUUUUAGUAUCUGUUUUUAAUUCUUUAGGGUAUAUGUCCAGAAGUGAAAUUGCUGGAUCAUAUCUUAUGACAUGAUAGUGAUUUUAGGACAAAUUAUGACCUAAUGUUUAUUGGAUAUCAUAAUAAAAGAUUAUUUUGUGAAUGUUAUAACUAUAUUGAGUUUAAAUUUUUGCAUUAAUGGAAAACUUGGUUUCAAGUUUAUGAUUGUUUCUUUCAUAAACAUAUUCCAUUGUAAUUAUUUUCUACUGCAUAUGAGUUUAAAAUAGAAUUUACUUCUUGCUUUGUUUGAGGCCUUAAGCUUUUUUUCUUAAUACUCUAAAUCAGCCAUCUCAAGAUAAUUCUUAACUUAGGAGAUGCUGAUUAAUUCAGUUAUGAGUCCUGAUUCCAUUGUCAUUAUAUUUUUAUUUACCCUCAACCUUGAAAUUUCUUCGUAAUAUUCAGCAAAUUGGUAAACAUAAGCAUAGAAUUUUUUUUCCAUUCUCCUUGGAUUUUUUCAUUCGUGAGAUGUGUAUUUUCCAUUGUUUUCUUUUACUGUCCCUAGCCUGAAAUAACAACUCACAUCCUGUUGCUAAACUCCAUGCAAUUCAAAUUCUUUAAUUGGAACAAACAUCAACUUCCAGUUCUAUUCCUUCCACUUUCCUUAUACCCUCCUUGGACUGGAAAUAUCUGGAAAUCUAUUCUGAUGGAAACGCAACCAAUUAGUCAAACAUGAAGAUAAAUAAACAGUGAAGUGCUAUUUAAUAAAUGACAUUUCUUCCUACCCUGAUUUCCAUGAUCACUUCAGAGAUCAGAGAUUUAGUUGCAAUAAAGUAUUAAGGAACUUUAUUUCUGAUGUAACAAAAAUCACAUUUGAUCACUGAGUAAAACUCAAAAAUUGAUACGGGUAUUCUUUGUAGAUAAAGUUACCAGCGUCUUAUUGGUAAUGAGAUUCUCUCAGCCAUUGGCACCUGGGCAGUUUAUGUAUAAGCAAGGAACCUGUGUGCCUUGAACAACUUUUGUUUCCACCUGCCCCAAAGAAUUUAUUACUAAUUCUUUUGCUGAUAGUACACUCAUUUUGCUUUUGGAGACCAGCCAUUGCAGUUAGAUAGUGUCUUGGUGGGAUGAUAUAUCAAGGAACUCGACUUUCCUGGCUGAGGGAUAGGAAUGUGACCCACGUUUCGAGAAUCAAAUUUCUUUCCCAGGAAUGUGAUCUUUGAGUAGAGUAAAAAACAAAUCUGGAAUUGAUCUUAGGAGGCCCUGAGAGUGCCCAUUAGUUCCUGCCACUCAUAUCAGCAGGCUUGAUUGAUUUACUUUUUCUGUCAGUUUUGUUAGCAACUAACUCUGCAUCCUCCUUGCAAUAGUUAUAUUCCCACAUGAAGGGGCUAUUGCAAAUUCUACAGCUAUCCCACAGAAAAUAGCCUGGGAGAAAGAAGACCCCAUCCAAAUAAAAGGCUUUAGGGAAGACCAAAUAAAUUUGUAUCUUAAGAGUUGGUUCGUAAAGAAGUAUUAGGAUAUGAGUGGUCAGCAACCACAUGGCCAGUACUAGUUGGUUCAUAUGACUAAUACCAAGCACUCAAAAGAUUAGAGGCUGGCGCUAAUCAAAAAUAUUUCAUUGAAGAGAGGCAAAAUCUAAAACUUCAAUGUCCUCAUAUCUUUCAGUAUUUUUUUUUUGGCAUUUAAUGUAAAUACAUCUAAGUUAUUGUCAAAAGUAAAUCCUGUUUCUUGCUCUUCUCUUUAUGGCACACGAAAGCCAGAGUAAGGUCCUGAGAGCAGCAUUUAGGAACUUACUAUGAAAGCAAAUCCUCAGGACCCACCCAUAUCUACCAUUUCAGAGACUCCCGGGGGGUGGGGUCCAGCCGUCUACGCUUUAGCAAACCCUCCAGCUGAUUCUGAAGCCUGACAACAUUAAAGAACCACGGACCUAAUAUCAUGCAAGAGGUUCAUGGACACUCACAGGUCUAAUCUUUCAGAGGCAGUAAUGUCUCAAUGCCUAAGGAGACUCAUGGUCUUUCAUAUGUCGAAAGAAAUGUAAUUUUGGGAGAACAUCCCCACAGCUCUUAACAUUUCCUUCCUGUGAUGAAUUGCUCAAUAAUCCUUUGGGAAGAUGUGGUCUCCAAUUCAGACAUUCUGCUUUCUCUGCCAUGGUCUGGCAUUGAACUCUGCUUCUACCAAACUCUACACCAUGCAAAUUAAAAGAGAAAUAAAUAAAGCAACACCAAAGCAAUGGAGAUCUUCAUUUGAAAUGUUAUACCAAGAAAACAACAACUGGGAGAGGAGGCUGAAUUCAAAAGGAUCGGCUGGGUUAGAGCCAAUAAAAACAACUGAUGUGUAGUAAGCAGAGGCAGUUGCAGAAGAAGGGGAAAAGACAGGGUUUUGUGGAAAGGACUAAAAACUGUGGGGAAGUAGUUUGCAACCUGAAAAAGUGAGUCCUCAGUAAGCAGGCCUACUUUCCUCCUUCAUUAAACUGGAAUUGCCCAUGAGUGGGACUCACCUGUGAUUAAAAACCAACAACAGCAAAGUGGUAAAAUACUGGAUGUACAAGCUUUAAAACAAGACUAUUUCUAAACUUGUUCACGAUUAUAAUUCUGCUGCUGGUGCUGUCAAUCAGUGAGGCUGAAAACUUUGAAUACCUUCUUGAGUGUGCAUCCCCAGUUUUGGGAGAGGAAGAGCAAUUUUUAUUUUCCCGAAGAGUUGAGAUGUAUGCAGUAAGAUGUACUGACUUUGCCGUCAUUUACAUUGGCGCUGCUAAUGGAAGGGUCCUUGAAAGCUGUCAGGGAGGGGAAUCGUUCUGAACAUCAGAGUAUAACAGUGUAAUAGACAAGGUGGUGAGGACGGCUGUUGGAAGGAUUACACGUUUCUUGAAUUUUAGUUCUGGCUGUAUUCACUGCAAGUCAGAUGUUCUUCAUUAUCUCAAAGUAAAAUUUUAGGCUGAAUAAAUAAAUAAUGCAAAAGGCAGAUAAAUGGCAGACAGUAACUUUAGUCAUAACUUACUAUUUAGUUCAUUGCAGUCUUGUUAUUUAUGGCAUUACAGUUACUUGUGUUGUUUAUUUAGAAGCAAAUGAAGAUAUCCCUUGAUCAGGAGGAUCCUAGAGUGGGCAGCAAUGCAAUUACUUUAAAAAUCCAAGUGGUAAACUUAAAAAUCUUGUUCUCUGAAGAUACGGCUAUGUGAUUAUGCUACUGUUUUCUCAUUGCUAGGAUUAUAGUAUAUGUAUUUUCUGGAACAUAUAGUAAAUAUUUGCCUUGCCUUUUCAAUGUUUGGUGAGGCUAAGUGUCUCUACUAUGAUUAUCUAAGUUAAAUAUAAUGCAUUAAAAAUUCCUGGUAUAUGCCCUAAUGAAUAGCUUUCCAAAUUAUCAUGAAUAUCAUCGCCAGUAAGUUGCAGCUUUUAAAAUUAUGUCAUAGUCUCAUAUAAUUAUCACUUUAUAUUAGAACUAAAAUGCUCUAAUAUAAGUGUGGUCAUGGCUUCCUGAGAUGUCAUAAUUCAUCAGAUCUUUUCUUUCGUACAUCUCAUCUCCACAUCCUUUUUGAACUGUACACUGUAAUUUUUAGAUUGCCAAGUAUGAUCUAUCAAAACUAGAACUUGGGUGUGGUACUUAGCAAUUUGUAGAUAUUCCAAUAAAAUAAUCAUUUGAUGGCUAAGGAAAACUGCAUAAUUUUCUAAUGAUAACUUUUUGUAUUUUGGGACCUCUUAAUAUAGAAGUGUAUACCAGGGGAGGUGAGAAGCUGAAAUGCACUGUAUUAUAUGUUGAGCUAGUCUCAUAUAUCAAGUGAUUUUAGAGGACAGGGAGUAAAAGCAGCAGUAUUGAGGAAAUAUAAGAUAGAAUUUCAAAGGCAGGAAGAAACUUGAGGCAAGAAUAAUUAAGAAUAGAUGGUUGGAGAUUUGUGGAUAAUUACGACGCGUUACGGAGGAGAUGAAAAUGGUAGUCCUUGGAAAGGGAUUAAGAUUAAAGGCUCUUAAAUAUUCUCGAAGCAGAAAGUCUGGUAACAGACUGAUAUUUUAUGAUCUAUCAUAAUAUCAAUAUAUCACCUAAUGUAUUCAUCUAUGUUUCCAGAUGUGUCAACCACCCUCUACUAUGAUUAAUAGGUAAACAAGUACGUUAGCUCCAUCCGAGAAGAAGGUGUACUUUUGCAAAGAAAAGGAAUUUGUCAGCCUUUUGAAAGGUGACUAUACUAGAAAAUCACUGUUCUUAUUUUCAGGAAGGAAUUGGUACUGGGUCUGUGUUUUCAGAUAGGCUCUAAGAUGUUGGAAUUUAUUUCCUUUUGCUUCCUUUCCUAUGAGUGUUUGUAUCAUUUAGGACUGUCCAGGAGUCCCACAUCUUUAUUCAGUGAAAGCACAAAUGACUAGAAAAAUGGAGGGUGAAAGCACCAGGUAGCCUCUGAGAAACAUGAUUAUCUGUAUCAAUCUUGUACCCAACUGCGGACCUUGCAGUCCCCUAGCUGUGUUCUUGCACCCCUCUGCACAUGGCGGGCUUUGAACAUUGCUUAAAGGCACGCUAUCUUGUUCCACUUUGCUUUAUGUUCACUUUGUUUUAUUAUUUACCACCCUUCCACUUCCUUCAUUAGGCCAGGAUCGGAGAAAAAAAUAAAUUUUAUAUUAAUAGGCAAAUAUGUAAAAACGUUUGAAAUAAGUAAUGUGGGUUCAGGGCUUCAUGUUUCAGCUCAGUUGUAAACAUCUUUAUGAUCUCUAAACGAGGGAGAGGAUGUUCAUUGUUUACAAGUGAACUAUUAAAGCUAAAAGUUCAGAGAGAGUGGUAAAGUUUCAUGGAUGUGUUACAACUCUCUGAAUUCUUCUGGUUAGCAAACCGAAUUGGGCAAAAGGAGACCGCUAGAGCUGGUAUUUUACCUACUACUAUCAAACUGCGCUUGUUUCUUUUAUUUUCAUUUUCUUCACUUCCUUUCCAAUUUAUUCAAAUACUCUUGCGUCUUCUGAUUGGCUAUUUAUUGACCCUUAAUCCUAGUUUACCACAUAUACUUUGGUGAUACAUUUAUGGAAUUUUUGUAGGCGCUCAGAUGCGUAGGAAAAAAUGGCACCAGUAAAAUGUAAAUGGAGAGAAAGAGAAGAAGCAAACUUUAAAGCUCAUCUAAAUGGAGCUCACCGUUUUACCAUUGCCUGAAAUUGCUCUACUCCCUUUAAGAUUUACUGGUAAUUUCACACUUAUAUUGAAUACUCUGUGAAGGAAUAAUAAGCUUCAUUCUUUGUCAGAGAUGCUUUGUUUAAAUCAAAUCCUCUAGAGAAAAACUCAAGAGGAAAAGCUGCUGAGUUUACUUUAUAUAAAAAAAAAGUCUUUUUUUCCCCUUUACAUUACUUGUUGAUUAAAAUGCUCUGCAAAGUUCUAGUGAUUCUGUCAAGACCACACUGGACUUUCUUUUUACUGCAGAGGCAAAUGUUAACCUCUCCUGAGGUUUUUCUAGCAAAGCAUUUUCUUCUUUUCAGUUCUUAGCUUUGCCAGAUGUGCAAUUAAAUGGCCAUUUCACCUUUAUUAUAGUUUUCAUGGUGUGUUAUUCUCAUUAUUUUUCUUGUUUAUGUACACUGUAGCAGUUAUGGUCUCCACAUGCUUGCUAUGUAUGAUAGCUCUUAAAAACCAGUUGAGAGAUACAAGCUGGUGGGGAAAAAAUCAGCACUGGUUUCCCAUUUAUCUUAUUUUAACCCUCAGAGGGAAAUUCAGCUGAGUAAAUGUGUUUCUAAGAAUCUUUUAGUGAUCAGGCAGUAUUUUUGUGUAUUUCCUCAGCAGUAUGAAGAGGCCUACAUCUGUAGAAACUGAUUUUAUCAUUUAAUAGCCUCAGGCUAUUGAGAAAGUACAAGUAAGAUGCAGUAAGCAGGUGAAUUAGAAGCUGAGGUGUGGUGAAAUGAAUGUGUAGAAACUAGGGUGUGUGUGUGUGUGUGUGAGAGAGAGAGAGAGAGAGAGAGAGAGUGAGCAGGAGAAAGUUAAGGAUUCCUUCUUGAUGAAUAUAAACAAAAGGCAAUUUCAAAGGAAAUGAGAGUUUAAUAAUUUAAAUAACUCUUAGUAAGACAUACAAUUGAAUUUAUUUUUCCUAAUGUUAUUCUCAGAGAAAUCCCAAAUAUCUUGUUUCAUGAGAAUCUGGAAUAUGUACAGUAGAAAAUGCAAAUAUGCCAUUAUUUCAGAAAGAAUUACAGAUAUAAAACUUCUAGAAUGCACAUACUUUCAGGCAUGGUUUUUAAAACUGUCCUAUGAAAAUGAUAUAUUUCUAAUGAGCAGUUUUAAUGUUUAAUAGGAAACAGGGAAAUUGGCUUUAUGGGAGAAGAAUCUAUCCCAUCCAAUUAGAAUUAUGAAACUUUCCAUUUAUGUUUGUUCAAAGAAUUUUGUUUUGCUUUGUUUGCCUGUUUUUUGUCAGAAAGUGUGGAAAGUUGGCUGUGUUGUCCCCAGGAAUAAGAGUAUAUGAAUGCUAACACCAUUUGUUUUCAAAGGUCUCAUGUAAAAGUUAACACUUCUGUUAGGAAAGUCUGGAAUAAAUCAUUAUAUUUACAAGAAUGUAGGUUAGUAUCUGAUGGUGUCCAUCAGCAAGUGUUGAUAGGAGAGGAGAAAUAAUAGAUUAUUUUUCAUUUUUGACAUUUCACCUUUCAUCCUACAUGCAUCUGAAAGAAGAAACUUUUGUCCUGUCAAUUCCAGAAAUAUAUUUUUAUUUUACUUAUGAUAAAGAGUAUGAAAAUAAAUAUACCUAUUAGUAUCCAAGUUUAAUUAAUGAAAAGCUAUAUUAUUUUCAAAGUUAGCAAAUUGCUUAUUUUCCUAAAUCUAUAUUCCAAGUUCACAUGUGAUCUGUUUUGUACCCAUUGUUGAUAGAUUUCAGCCCAUCCCAUUUUCAGCAAAUCGAAUGGUACUUUAUUUCAUUUUAUUUCAGCUGUGCAAAUUUCCUCCAUAUCCUUAAAAUCCAUUGCAGGCCUUUCCAGUGACUAAGGCGGUAUCUGUCAGUGAUAGUGGAAUUGAUUGAUUUCAAAGCUUCUUGUUGCUAUUAUAGAACUUGGCAAAGAGAAGACUCAUGGCAGCUAUAGAUGUAUCUGGGAACUUUUUAUGAGGCCAGUGGGAAUCUUCUAAAUAUUUUUAGUGGUUCUCCCUCACCUCACUCCUUUUGCCUUCAUGCCUGAACUGAAUACUAACAAAACUAUGGUAUACAUAUGCUACUCAUCCUGAAAGUACAAGAGUUGACUAAUCAUGAGAAUUUUAAGCUGAGGUUAGUAAGAGUUGAACUUCCUCUUGUAUUAGAUGAAAAUCUAGUUUAUCACCAGCUACUUAAUAGCAGAUUAUCAGCAUUUUUUUUCCUUCAUUCUCAUUUCUUGUAAGUUUGUGGACUCUCUCCAAUUCAUUAAAAAAUUUAGCUAUUGAAUAAAUAAAAAUAGACUGAAAUUUUGGAUUACCAACCUUAGUUAUCCAUUUUUUUUCUAUCCUCAUCCUUGCCCACCCUCUAAAGCUUAUAAAUAUUUUGUGGAAGCAUUGUAGGGGAAGAAGAAACAGAAUGUUGUAAAAAUAUAGCAAGCAAAUAUUGGUGCAGGGUAAAAAAUUAAGAAAACAAAACAAACAAACAAAACUCAUAGUCUUAGCCUAAAAUUACAACUUUGUUAAAAACUCUAUAUAGAAUGAAUAUAUUUGAAUAUAUAUAUACAUAUAUGAAUAUAUUUGAAUAUAUAUAUACAUAUAUAUAUAUUCAUUCUAUAUAUCUUAUCUUGAUAGUGAUAAAAAAUUUCCUCAAUUAAAAGUCAUCUUUACAGAAAUGUCUCAUAUUUUUUCAACAUUAUUCUUUUCUAUUCAGUUAUUUUUACUUUUCAAGCAUUUAAAACAGGAAAGAGGAAGAUAUUUUAGGGUAACAUACGUGUUGUUCAUAAAACCAAUAAGCAAAGUAUAUAUAAGAAAGAGACAGCAGUCUCUACUGCUGUCAGUAAUCAUCCUUUCUUUGUGAAAUUUCAAGAAAAGAAACCCUUGAGACUCAGACAAUAUGGAAACAAAGGGAAUGUAUAUAUGUGGACAUCAACAUUUUAGUGAGAAAACUGGCAAAGAAAACAGAUGGCGAGGUCAGGAUGAUAAUAAUGUCAGUAAAAAAAGUCUUUAAAGACAACUAUUCUGGUGAAGGCAGAUAAAAAGUAAGAGGGAAACUUUGAAUUCAUUCAUUCAUUCAUUCAGAUUUUUUUUUCUUUGAAGGGUAUACUUGAAGCUUGCAUCUUUUUAUGGUCUAUUUUCUGCAUAUUUCUAAAUCUAAUGGAUUAAAUGUUCCUGACAGAGAAGCAUGGUUCUCAGUUAUUGGUCUCAUUUUCUUUCUGGCCUAUUGAAAAUAAGUCCAUUGUAUACAGCUGAGAAUAAUGUGCCCUGCACCACUCCAGAUGUAGAAGGUACUAGAACCACAAGUGGUGGCCUUGGAUCACUAUUUUUACCCAGUGGAAUAAACAUGCCUAUAAUGCAUUUGUAAUUUUAUGUUGCUGACCAAGCAGCUGAAUAAAACACUCAGAAUAGUAGGAAGUUAGUUAGUAGACCCCAUGCUUUCCUUUUCACACUUUCUAAUCCCCCAUUCUUAUUUCCAUGUCUUAGGUAGGUUGAAUAAGGAGUUAUCCUGCUGAAUCUCUCAAUAGCCUCCUCCUUCCCCACUCUUCUGGCCCCAUGCACACAGCUAUUUUGAAAUGUCCCCAGAGUUUGCAGGAAAAUGUUGCAUGAGUUGAUAAAGACCACCUUUGUGAAGCCGUUGGUUCGAGUGGGUUUUCUGGGUGGUCUUGUAGAAUGGAUAUGAAUGUUAGCAAACCUAAAAUUCCCUUUGCUGCAACUAAGGGAAAUAUCUUCUGAUCACAGGCAACAAUUCAUUUAAUUCAUCUUUGGGGUGGAAAUUACAGGUGAUUAUAUUCCUACCCUGGGUUAAAACUUGAAAAUAAAUAGCCUAAAAAGAAAACUUAAGAAAAUAUUUCUUUUCAGUUCCUAAAAGGAACCUGAGGCACCGUCAAUAUAUCUGAAGUGAAACAGAAUAGUUAACAUUUUUACUCUGAAAGAAUAAGGGUGAUGGUUAUAUUGCCUGGCCUAGGGUUCUUGGGAUGUGAGAAUGUGCAAUGUUCCAAGUGAUUUUCCUAAAACUUCUUCACAACUAUAAGGUACAGCCUUUGCAACCAACACUUUUAUUUUUACCUUUUAACCAGUUAUAUUUCGGUGUGUCAUUCCUUUUUAUUUUCACCAAGUCUUAUUUAUAUAUAAUAUUCAAAGCUAAGCUAAAAAUAAUAAAAGUGGCAAGGGAACAGUAGUGAAAAAGAUACUUUCAUAAAACACUAUUUUAUAUAUUGUUAUGGCUAAAACUAUUUGGCUGCACUUUCCAGGACCAAGCUCUCAUGAUUUGGGUUAAGGUGCUCUUAUUUAUCUUUUCAGUGCAAUGUAUUUUUGUACAUGUAUGUCAACAAGAAUAGUUCCUUCAAGUGUAACUAUUUUAAAAGUUGUCAAUGUCCUUUUUGAGAGUUUCUUUAGAUUUGUAAGAUCUACUGCCUUGUUGGGGCCCUGAAAUUUAUCUGGCAAGACUAUCGAAUAGAUUUUGUUUUAAUAAAAUAGCUGUCCUUUCUCCAGAUGUAUGUAUUUUUGACUCUGGGGGAUGAUACUCUAAAAGAGAGAGUAUAACAUGCAAUGCCAUUUCAAAGCUCACUACAUUUGCUUUUCAUUAUGCUUCAUGGUUAAGCGGCCUUCUGAAUUUGAUGAAUUUUAUUUGCUCAAUUAACUGCAUCAGUAGCAUAUUGUAAGGAAGCCUGUAAGAUGGUAAAUGUAUGCUGUAGAGCAGAUAUAACCAGCUUCCACCUUUCCUGAAUUGUUCCUCAUUUUAAUGGGCAUCAUGUGCAUUUCCAAAUGCCCAUUAACUGUUUUAUUAUUGGCUUCUUUGUAUUCAUCACCUGCCUUUAUGUUUUAGACAGCUGGCUUACCUUCUUUCCCCCUGCUCAAUACUAUAAUAAAGGCAUAUCUUGGCUUAUUGCCCCCUUAAAUAUACUGUAUGGCUAAUACUUCUCUAUGUAUCAAAUUUUUCCCAGAUCCCUGAAAAAAAAUGAUGCCAAUGGGGGUUCUGGCAAGAGAUAUUCUAAAAUAGACCUCGGUGUUUUAAGUGUUUCAAGACAAGUCUGGAGAACUGUUUUAACUCCAUGCUCACUAUGUCUUAUAUUAUUUUUUUAAUUUUAAUUUUCUCAUUAGAUUUGGAAGGCUAUCUGAUUCAGUCAGUCAAACACUUUGCAAGCUGUUAGUACAAAAUAUUUCUUCUCUAAGGUUUAAGGGAAGUUCUUAGCUAGGUGAAGGAAACUAACAAACCAAUGGAGGUUUUUGAGGUCUAAAGUGAAAACUAGUAACACCCAAUGUUUUCAGGAUGGAUUGGAGAAAAAUAAGAAUUAGGAGUAUAACUCUUUACUUAUGCUUCUAACCAUUGUAGAUUAACAGGGAUCUGAUAUAUUCUCAUACAUUAAAAAACUAGCAUCUGGCCAAAGUAUAUAACACAACAUUAUGCAGCCAUUGGACAAAAGAUAGCAUAGGUCUAUGAUCCAUGAGAGAAGGAUAAUAAAAGGAGAAUCCUAUUAUUGUAUCAGCUGAAUUUCUGGAGAGACUAUCCAGAUCACACAGUAGGGAUGGAAAAUUUAAAUGGAGUCCGGGAGUUGUGCUUGAAUAUAGAGAUUGAAAUCAAAGUUAAGGGUAGUCUAGAGGUCUAAUUUUUUUCAGGCACAUUACUAGAAAAGAAGGAACUAUGGAGAGAGAGAGAAAGAACGAGAGAAUGAGAAUGAACACUCAAAACUUAGAUGUUUCCUCCACUGUUUCAUAGAGGACAUAAUUGUACAUGUCUGAGAGGAAAUAAGAAGACCAAGGAAGAAAGCACCAGAAAAACAGAUGAUAAACCAUUCCAAGAACUCACACAAGUCUAGGAAUACGUGGUAUUUCCCCUAGCUAAAGUAGAGAGACCAAUUAAGUCUUCAGGCAUUUGUUAGAGUUGAAAAAAGUAUAUUUACUUAGGAGUGGAGUUACAUUAGCUCUAGACAAUAAGCUCCUCUAUGCCUUCUUUAACAUAGCUUAUAAGAAGAUCUCAAUAGUGGCUGAAUUGUGUACUAUUACAAAGUCAAACACACCUUGAAAUCCAGCACAGAACAUGCAGUAAAAAUGCCUAACAUGCAGUAAAAUAUUACAGUGUAUCAAUGACUCAUAUCCAAAAGGGAAAAAGAAAGAAAGAAAGAAAGAAAGAAAGAAAGAAAGAAAGAAAGGAAGAAAGGAAGGAAGGAAGGAAGGAAGGAAGGAAGGAAGGAAGAAAGAAAGAAAAGAAAAAAUGCAUUAAUAGAAAUGUGUGAAAAUUAAAGAGAUGAUGAAAUCAAUGGACAAGAAAAUUAAACACAUAUUAUAAAUAUGCCUCUAAAUUCAAGAAGGUAGAAGAGAACAUAAAUAUGAUGAGAAGAGAAAUGGUAAAUAUAAAAGACACUGUGUAGAGCUUCUAGAGUUGAAAAAUGCAUUAUCUGAAAUAAAAUUCACUAGAUAAGCUUCAAACAGAUUAAGUAUUAUAGAAGUAAAGAUUUGAAAAGUAAAGUGAACUUGAAAACAUAACAGCAGAAAUUAAUGAAUGCAAAAUGAAUAAAAGAGCAUUAAAAAGGUUUAAAGAAUAAACAUAGUAACCUAUGGAAGAAAAGAAAUGGUCCAACACAUGUGUAAUUAGAGCCCCAAAAAGAAAGAGGGAAGUAGACCAAUAUUUUUAGAAAUAAUUGUCAAAAAUUUCUCCUAUUUGACAAAACUAUAAAGAAGUUCAGUGAACACAAAACAGAAGAAAUAUAUAAAAAUUAGGUAAAGAAAAAAAUAUUAACAGAAACUGGAUAAAAUAGCCACAAUACAUAGAGAGGAACAGAGAUCAGAAAUACAACAGACUUCUCAUUGGAAAUUAUGCAAGUUAAAAACAAUACACUGGCAUCUUUAAAAUAAUGAAGAAGGAAAAUUGCUAACUUAGUUUAAAACACUGAAUUGAUCCAACCCAGAAAUUGUCCCACAAUGAUAUGGUAAACUAAUCUUUGAUAAAGUAAGAAAGAAUAUCCAGUGGAUAAAAGACCCAUCUCUUCAACAAAUGGUGCUGCGAAAACUGGAUGGUGACAUGCAGAAUAAUGAAACUGGACCACUUUCUUAUACCACAUACAAAACCCAACUCAAAAUGGAUGAAAGACCUAAAUGUGAGACAGAAACCAUCAAAAUCCUAGAGGAGAACACAGGCAGAAACCUCUUUGACCUCAGGCAGAGCAACUUCUUACUAGACAUCACCAAAGGCAAGAAAAACAAAAGCAAACACAAACUAUUUGGACUUCAUCUAGACAAAAAGCUUCUUCACAGUGAAAGAAACAAUCAGCAAAACUAAAAGUCAGCCUACAGAAUGGGAGAAAUUUGCAAGGGGCAUAUCUGAUAAAGGGUUAUUAUCUAAAAUCUCUAAAGAACUUAUCAAACCCAACACCCCCAAAACAGAUAAUCCAAUGAAGAAAUUGGCAGCAAACACGAAUAGACACUUUUCCAAAGAAGACAUCCCAGAGGGCUAGAGACAAAUGAAAAGAUACUCAGUGUCACUCAUCUUCAGGGAAAUACCACAAUACCACCUCAUACCUGUCAGAAUAACUAAAAUUAACAAACAAGAAACAGCAGAUGUUGAUGAGAAUGAGGAGAAAGGGGAACCCUAUUGCACUGCUGGCAGGAAUGCAAAGUGGUGCAGCCACUCUGAGAACAGUAUGGAGGUUCCUCAAGAAACUAAAAAUCAAACUACCCUAUGAUCCAGCAGUUGCAUUAGUAGGCAUUUUCUCAAAGGAUACAAAAAUACAGAUUUGAGGGGGUAUAUGCACUCCAAUUUUUUUAGCAACAUUAUCAACAAUAGCCAAACUAUGGAAAUAUCCAUCAACUAAUGAAUGGAUAAGGAAGGUGUGAUAUGUAUCUAUCAAUGUGUAUCACGCACAAUGGAACAAUGCUCAACCAUCGAAAAGAAUGAAAUCUUGCCAUUUACAAUGAUGUGGGUGGAGCUAUAAUGUAUUAUGCUAAGUGAAAUAAAUCAGUCAGAGAAAGACAGAUACUACAUCAUUUCACGCCUAUCUGGAAUUUAAGAAACAAAACAUGAACAUACAGAAAGUGGAGGAAAAAAGAGAAGAGAGGGAAACAAACCAAAAGAAACUUCUUGUUUUUAAUGUUAAUUUUUGAGAGAGAGAGAGAGAGAGAGAGAGAGAGAGAGGGAGGGAGGGAGGGAGGAAGUGGGGGAGGGACAGAGAAAGAGAGAGAAUCUCAAGCAGGCUUCUCACUGUCAGCCUAGAGCCCAAUGUAGGGCUUGAACUCACAAACCAUGAGAUCAUGACCUGAGACUAAACCAAGAGUCAGAUACUUAGCAGACUGAACCACCCAGGCACCCCAGGAGUGUAAAUGAUAGAGAACAAACUGUGGUUUGAUGGAGGCACUUGAGUGGGAGAUGGGCUAGAUGGGUGAUGAGUAUUAAGGAGGUCACUUGUGAUAAGCACUGGGUGUUGAAUGUAAGUGAUGAAUCACUGAAUUCUACUCUUGAAACCAACAUUAAUUACACUGUAUGUUAACUAAACACAAUUUAAAUUUAUAAAAAAAAGAAAAAAACACAUUGAAUUGAUGAAAAGAAUAAAGGGGAAAAAGAAUAAAAACAAAUAGAAAACUAAUGGUAUAUGGUAGACUUAAACCAAUCAUAUUCAUAGUUACACGAAUUUGAAAUGGCUUAAAUACUCCAUUUAAAAAGCACAGAUUAUCAGAAAGAAUAAAAGAAUAGGAUGAAGUAUGCAUCAUCUACUGGAAAUCUACUUUUAAGUAUAAAGAUACAUAUUUAAAGUAAAAGGAUGGAAAAUUGAUACCAAACACUUAUGAAAAGAAACAUCAUAUAUUGCCAAAAUAAACUUUAUAAUAAGAAAUAUUAACAAAUAUAAAGGAGGACUUUUCAUCAUGUAUGUUAAAGGAGUCAAUUCAUCAAAAGGAAAUAAUAAUCUUAAAUGAGUAUAAAGCUAAUGAUAAAGCUUUAGAACACAUAAAGCAGAAACUGACAGCAUUGUCAAAAAAAACAAUAUUAAUAUGUCAAAAACUAUGAAGGGUUUGAGAUUUUACUCUGUUUGCAAACUAGUAAGUUAAUGUCGUGUAUCUUCACAAAAAGUGCCACUGACUCCUGAAACACUCUACUUGGCAGAAGGGAUUAAAGUCCUCCCUUAGAGACCAGGGAUGAUUUAUUACUUACAGCAACAGCGGUGGCCAGAAUAUCACAUCUUUUUGUACAGGUUCCUCAAGCCCCAGUUUCUAUAGGACAAUGUGACAAGGACUAGAUGAUGUCUGCACAUGCACUGCGUUGGGUUAUAGAAGAGAAACUUUGAAUCUAGGGAACACAAAUCUUUUAUGAUUAGUUAUGAGCAAAGCUUCCUGACAUUUUUAUCUGGAGGGAGGCAUUAUGUUUAUUAUAAUGGGCAGAAAAUAAGCCUGUUCUUUGCUCCAGAGGGAAACAUCAUUUUUAUCUUCAAGGCUAUUUUUGUCUAUCUUCCAAGCUUAUUUGCUUGAAAACAAGCAAAAUUCAUGAAAACAUAGUUCAGCAUAAAAGUACAGUUAGUUAUGGCCUCUGGUAACAUGAUUGCAAAAAUGUGAGAAAUAUACCGAGAAUUUUCUCUUAAACAAGACAAUCUGCAAACUGGGAGAAAAUAUUUUUGAAAUGUAUAUCUAAGAAAGGAUGUGUAUCCAAAAUAUGUAAAAAGCUGUUUAAACUCAAUAAUAAGAUAAAAAAAAAAAGAGCAAACAUUUUGAACUGACAUUUCAUGAAAGAUGCUAUAUGGAUUACAUGACAAAAAAAACAUAAGAAUAUACUCAACAGAAAUAAGUUAUUAGAAGAGUUUAAAUUAAAACUGUUCUUAUAUACCACUGCACCUCACUUAGAAUGGCUAACUUUAGAGACUUACAGUAUGAAGUACUGACGAGUAUGUGUACAACUGACAACUAUCCAUUGCUAGUGGAAGUUCAAAAUGCCAUGUUUUGGAAAAUGGUUUGGCAGUUUUUUAUACCAUUGAAUAUAUACUAAUCGAAUAAGCCAGCAAUCACCUCUGAAUUAUAUAUCCAUAAGAAAUUAUAAACGCAAAACAUAUUCAAAUAUUCAUAGAGCUUUAUUCACAAUGUCUCCCAUCUCACAAACAAGCUGUGCCAUAUCUUCACAAUGGAACACAUCUCCGCCAUACAAAAGAAAGAUCAUUGAUACACAUAGCAUGGAUAAAUCUCAAAAGCAUUAUGCAAAGUGAAAAAGGCCAGACACUAAAAGACUGCCUAAAUUUAAUUAAAUGGAUUCCUAUAAAAAACAAAACUUGUGUCCGAGCAUAUCUCUUUGGUUGCUUGAGUUGGCACUGGAGCAUUGCCUAUAAGGGGACAUGAGAGAUCCUUUUGGGGAUGAAGGAAAUUUUCCAAUCUUGCUAUGGUUCUGGUUAAAUUGAAUUAUUUCUUUAGAAUUGUUGAAUUUUACGUGUAAUUUUUACUUUAGUCAAGCUGUUAAAAAUAGGAAUGUGACUCUCUUAUUUUAGCAAACAUCUGAGUUGACUAACCAGUCCUAUGUUUUUCUUUUAGCAAGAAUUUUCUUGAUGUUGUUUGAUAGUCGGUUAUUUUUUCUUUCUCUCUUGUAAAUAAAUAGUAGUUCGUAAAUUAUAAUUCGUGAGGUUUUGUUAUUUAUUUUUAAAAUAACUCAUGUUAAAAUUUAGCCAGGUUGGAAUUCUCUUAUUGCCUAAAACUCUACCUUGAUUUUGGAAGGUCAUAUGUUUUGGGAAAAUGACAAGUAAUUUAUCUCAUUUUAAUUUUCCAGAUUUCCCCCCUGAGUUCAGUUCUGGUGACCCUUAUGAUCCUGACAAAAUUUUUUACUUAUGCUUUUUGACCUUACCUCAGUAAUUCUCAGGGUCAUUAUAUGUCUUACCACAUUAAUGGCCAACAUUUAUUGGCCAUUUUUUAUGUGGUGGAUUCUGUUCUAAUGGCUUCAUACAUUCAUUUCUUUUAAGUCUCACAGCUAUGUUGUAAAAGAAGCAAAAUUAUUUUUUCCCAUUUUAUAGAUGACGAAACUGAGGCAUAGCAACUUGCAAGUUCAUAUAGCUAGCAGGUGAGGAAACAGGGAUUUGACUCCAGGCGAUAUAACUGUAGCCUUUUCCCUGAACUGUCAAUCUACUAAUCCUCCAAAACAGAGAUCUUGAAGUUUAGUGUCUGGGAGAAUCAGUUUAUUUAAAUUCUAUUGUCAGAUUUUCUCCCUUGCCCUCAUGAUUCUUAUUUGGUGGGUUUAGGAUGAAUCCAGUAAUCUGUAUGUUUAGCAAGCACUCCAGGUGGUGGUUUGUUGAACCCAGUUUGAGAAACCCCUUUUUCUGUGACUUUAAGCUAAGUGUCUAACUUUUCUGGACCUUUGUCUCCUAUCUAAAGGUGAUGUUCUUUUAGGAUGGAAUGUGAUGACUACUCCUGGCACGCAAUUCAUUCUCUAGAAUAAGUUAAUUUGCUUUUGUUGCUCUUGGUGUAGGUGUUAUUUCAUAGAAUUAGUCAACAGUGGCAACUGUUUUCAACCCUAUCUUUCAGGGAAAUGAUAUUAUCCAAUAAGCAAAAGGUGUUUCAAAGUGAAAAGACAUCUUAUUGAAUGUAAAUACUUUUUUUCCAAUUUGAUUAUAUCGGGAAUUAUAGCAUGUUCUGCUCCAGCAUAUGUUUCUAAAAUACCACCGAGCUCAUUUGCAGUUGGUAAAUAGAAUUAUGCUCGUAUAAUGUAGAAGUUGCAUAGCCUUAACUAUGAUUUAUUCUAGUCCAAAGGAGGCAGAAUAGAGUUAAAUUAUAACCUUGGGCAGGAAAAGAAGUCCUCAAGUUUGAUACUGAAGAGUCAACAGGAGCCCUUUUGGUUUUAAGAAAAUUAAAAACAAAACAAAACAAACAAACAAACAAACAAAAACAAGUGUCUGUGCAUUUGGGGCUCCCUGGCCAGAGGUACAUACCCCUGGUCUUGUGUGGUUCUCAAAUAUUUGCAGACUGUACUGCCCCCGUGCCUGUUUCACGGGCGAGCCUAUUGGCUCAGAGUUUGCCUUCCACCUAGAUUUUCCCCACCAAUUCUAAUAAAGUAUUAUCAUCACUUCUUAUCAAUUGUAUUUUUUUAAAACUCUGGGCUGGACUGCUUGCUUGGGUGGUCCAAAUUGUCUUCCAAGGUACCAAUACUAUUUUUGCUAGUGAUCUGUUCCCAAAGUUGCAUGUUUUAGUGGUCUUCCCAGAACCUAUUUUUCCCACAAGUUUUAUUAUUUUGGUUAUGCCAUUUUGUCUGCAAUGUGGGGAUUUCAAGAUGCAUAUACAUUUUUCUUAAUGUUUAUUUCUGAGAGGGAGAGAGAGAGAGAGGUGGAGACACAGAAUCUGAAGCCGGCUCCAAGCUUGGAGCUGUCAACACAGAGCCUGAUGCAGGGCUUGAACUCACGAACUGGGAGAUCAUGACCUGAGCCAAAGUUGGACGCUUAACUGACUGAGCCACACAGGCGCCCCACAAUACAUAUAUGUUCUUAUUUACUUUAAACCCCUAUUUCAGGAACAUGAACAUCUUCAGCUUUGCAGUAUUUUAUAGUCUUUGGAAGAGACAGUGUGUUAAAUGGUUUGUUAAUUAUAAAGUAACUUACUUCCUCAGAGGGAUCACUUCGUUUCUCAUUCCCACUAGUGUAUUUGUUUCUUAUUAUACCAUUAAAUCCCACUUGAGUUACUUUCUCUUUUAAAGUUGGCAAGAUUUCUAACUCGUAUUUGAAUUUCUUCUAUGCUUAUAUCAAAAGAACAUAUAAAUUCAACUUCAGUUAUUAGCUUUUAUCUGUAAAUUACUGCUUCUUACUUAAAGUUAUUUAAUAUUUUAUAGAGCUGGAAACAGUAGAGAAAGAAAAUAAUUGACUAUAAAGAGGUGUUUUCUACAGUAAUAGUUACGAUUCUUGUAAUUGCUACCAUUUAUUGAAUGUGCAUUAAAUGUCCACUCAUUUUUCUAUGAACUUCUCUUGCAAUAUUACUAAUUCUUAAUAUAUUUAAUGAAUAGAACAGAGAUUUUCUAAAUAAAGAAAAAAAUGAAGGGGCGCCUGGGUGGCUCAGUCAAUUAAGCAUCUGACUUCAGCUCAGGUCAAGAUCUUGAGGUUCGUGGGUUUGAGCUCAAGCUCAGAGCCUGGAGCCUGCUUCAGAUUCUGUGUCUCCCUCUCUCUCUCUGCUUCUCCCCCACUUGCACUCUGUCUCACUCUCAAAAAUUAGUAAACAUUAAAAAAAUUUAAAAAAAAAAAAGAAAAAAGGAGUCCACCUGUGUCUUUUAGAUUCUUCAACAGAAACAUGAGGAAUAUGAACUAAGUGAAUUCCUAUUACUAGAUAGGAAAUUGCUGUUGAAAUCUCAACACCGUCACAUAAAUAUUAUGUUUACGGAAUGACAGAGAAACUUAUCUAAGUGCAACUACUUUACAGAUGAUAAUGCAUUCAUGACAGAUGUUUUCUUAAAAACGUACCCCUUGCUUUUGUUAUAGUUCCUGACAUGUUUUUUUUUGCAGAAAUGGAACAUAAUCUAACCAUAGUAAAAUAAUUUUAUGGAGAGAAGCAGCAUUAUUCGUAGCCACAGAAUAUAUAUUUGGGUAUUUAUUACCUUAGGAUUUUAGUUUGGACCUGAAGAGCUCGAAUAACAGCAUUAUUUUAAGUUGUUUCUAUGAUGUUUUUUGAAAUUACUCUAAGUAGUAAAGGCUCUUCCAGUUCCUAAUUCUAUGACUUUGGUCAGAUUAUUUAAGAGAAUCUGAGUCUUGGUUAUCCUUUCUAUGUAGUGGAGAAGACAAGUAUGUGUUCUUGAGUCAUUUCAUUGGCUAAAUGUGGUAAUACAUAAAGUACUUGGUCCAGUAACUGCUCUGUAGUACGUUCCACCUACAUGGAAUAGCUGUGAAUUUUUUUUAAUCACUAUUGGUGUUAAAUUUAGAAACAAUGAUUACUGAUAGCAAAUAUGAUUGCUGUCCAUAUUUACUGUGUUUUCAUAACCUAGGCAGGUAUAGUCUGCUGAUUUAACAGCUUUGGCAAGUUGCACUAUUGCAUGAAUUUAACUUGAUUUCAUGGGAUAAAACAGAAUGAGCACCGUGGUUCAUGGCUGUCAGUAGUGAAAAAUAGCUGGAAAUCAGACAAACAGCUUCAUUGCUGAGAUUGUUUCCGGGCUAAAAGUUCUUCCAACAGCUGUUUGUUUUGGCCAUUAAUCGUGUUCAUUCUUUUUUUUAAACUGGGGGAAAUAUGAUUUUCUUUAAAAAGAGAAGAUAGGCUGGUUAUUUCUGAAGUCAGGAAGGACUCCUGUCCUUCCACUGUUGUGGUCUUUUGGCUGCCUUGACAGUUGGACUGAGGACGUUUCCUUUUGUUUCUCUCCACUUCUUUAUUCUCAGUGCUCAGACUCAGACUGCCGUGGUAGGAGGGAAAAAAAGCAGCAGCUCUUUAAUCCUAGAGAAGGAGCUUUGUAGCAGUUACCUUCAAGAAAAGUUUACUCCCCAAAGGAGUAUUUAAUAUUACACAGACACUGACUCACUGAACAGAGAGAGAGAGAAAGAGAGAGAGAGAGAGAGAGAGAGGUUGAGAGAGAGAUGAGAGAAUAUGAGAAUUCAAGCCAGCAAGAAAGAAAGAUACUUAACUGAAGAUGAAGGGAAGUUUUGCCUCUUCCUGGAAGUUAUAUUAUUAGGUUUUUUUUUUUUUUUAAAUCAUGAUGACUGCUAGUUUUGUUUAAAGUAUUUGUUCUGGAAAUACUAAAGUUGGAGUCUACCAGACUGAGGUUAGAAGCAUUUUCUUUGGCAGCAAGAAGAUACUUUUAUAGAAGCCAUGCCUGUACUUGGGGUUGCCUCAAAACUGAGACAGCCAGCUGUUGGGUCAAAGCCUGCUCAUACUGCUCUUCUGAUACCAAAUCUUGGCACUACUGGGUCACAGCCCUAUUCUUCAAGACCUUUGGAACUUACUGAACCGGAGAGCUCAAUGCUUUCUUGUCAGCUCACAUUAAAAGCAACCUGUGAAUUUGGAGAGAAGAAACCCCUCCAAGAGAAAGCUAAGGAGACAGAAGACAGUAAGAUUUACACUGACUGGGCCAACCACUACCUAGCAAAAUCAGGCCAUAAGCGGCUGAUCAAGGAUUUGCAACAAGACAUUGCAGAUGGAGUGCUGCUAGCCGAAAUCAUCCAGAUCAUUGCAAAUGAAAAAGUUGAAGAUAUCAAUGGAUGUCCUAGGAGUCAAUCUCAGAUGAUUGAAAAUGUUGAUGUCUGCCUUAGUUUUCUAGCAGCCAGAGGAGUAAAUGUUCAAGGUCUAUCUGCUGAAGAAAUAAGAAAUGGAAACUUAAAAGCCAUUCUAGGGCUGUUUUUCAGUUUGUCUCGCUACAAGCAGCAACAACACCAUCAGCAACAGUAUUACCAAUCCUUGGUGGAGCUUCAGCAGCCAGUCAGCCACGCCUCCCCUCAGGCAGAAGCCAGUCAGGCCAAAAGCCAGCAAGAUAUGCAGUCCAGUCUGGCAGCCAGAUAUGCAACUCAAUCUAAUCACAGUGGAAUUGCAACCAGUCAAAAAAAGCCUACUAGGCUUCCAGGUCCCUCUAGGGUGCCAGCUGCAGGCAGCAGCAGUAAAGCCCAGGGAGCCUCUAAUUUAAAUAGGAGAAGUCAGAGCUUUAACAGCAUUGACAAAAACAAGCCUCCAAAUUAUGCAAAUGGAAAUGAAAAAGAUUCCUCCAAAGGACCUCAACCGUCUUCAGGUGUAAAUGGAAACACACAGCCCCCUGGCACUGCUGGGCAGCUGCCUGCCUCCGCCAUCCCUUCCCCAAGUGCCAGCAAACCCUGGCGCAGCAAGUCCAUGAAUGUCAAGCACAGCGCCACCUCCACCAUGCUGACCGUGAAGCAGCCAAGCCCAGCCACCUCUCCCACACCCUCUGCAGACAGACUGAAGCCGCCUGGGUCAGAAGGGGCCAAAACAGCUCCCUCGGGACAGAAAUCCAUGCUUGAAAAAUUCAAGCUGGUCAAUGCCCGGACUGCUUUACGGCCCCCACAGUCUCCCAGUUCAGGACCCAGUGAUGGCGGGAAGGAUGACGAUACCUUUUCUGAAUCUGGUGAAAUGGAAGGUUUUAGCAGUGGUCUGAAUAGCGGUGGCUCAACCAACAGCAGCCCCAAAGUGUCACCUAAAUUAGCUCCUCCAAAAGCUGGAAGCAAAAACCUCAGCAAUAAAAAGUCUUUGCUACAGCCAAAGGAAAAAGAGGAAAAGAACAGGGACAAAAAUAAAGUUUGCACUGAAAAACCAGUCAAGGACGAGAAGGAUCAGGUGACAGAGACGGCUCCAAAAAAGACCUCUAAAAUCGCAAGCUUGAUCCCAAAGGGUAGCAAGACGACAGCAGCCAAGAAAGAAAGCUUAAUCCCCUCUUCCAGCGGCAUUCCCAAACCGGGCUCGAAGGUGCCAACAGCAAAGCAAACCAUUUCAUCUGGCAGUGCAGUGAGCAAAGAGUCAGAAAAAUUCAGGACUACCAAGGGAAGCCCUUCCCAGUCCUUACCUAAGCCCGUUACCACUGAAAAAGCAAGCACAUCCAAUUGCCCUGCUCCUUUGGAAGGAAGGGAAGCCGGCCAAGCUUCUCAUGCUGGUUCCUGUGCCGUGCUAGGGGCACAAGGCAGUGGGCAGACUGCAGGGAACGGUGCCGUCCACCUGCCUCAGCAGCAGCAACACAGCCACCCCAACACUGCCACGGUGGCUCCAUUCAUUUACAGAUCACAUUCAGAAAACGAAGGCACCUCUUUACCAUCUGCUGACUCCUGUACCAGUCCUACUAAGAUGGAUGUAUCAUAUAAUAAAACUGCUAAGCAGUGCCUAGAGGAGAUAUCUGGUGAAGAUCCUGAAACAAGAAGAAUGAGAACAGUUAAAAACAUAGCAGACUUGAGGCAAAAUUUAGAGGAGACUAUGUCCAGUCUUCGUGGGACCCAGAUAAGCCACAGCACCCUGGAGACAACAUUUGACAGCACUGUGACAACAGAAGUGAACGGAAGGACCAUACCCAACUUGACAAGCCGCCCCACUCCCAUGACCUGGAGGUUGGGUCAGGCGUGUCCUCGACUUCAGGCUGGGGAUGCCCCUUCCCUGGGGGCUGGCUACCCUCGCAGUGGUACCAGCCGACUUAUCCACACAGACCCCUCGAGAUUCAUGUACACAACGCCUCUCCGUCGAGCAGCUGUGUCUCGACUGGGAAACCUAUCACAGAUGGACAUGAGUGAGAAAGCAAGCAGUGACCUGGACAUGUCUUCUGAAGUUGACGUUGGUGGAUACAUGAGUGACGGUGAUAUCCUUGGGAAAAGUCUCAGAGCUGAUGACAUCAACAGUGGGUACAUGACAGAUGGAGGGCUCAACCUAUAUACUAGAAGUCUGAACCGAAUACCUGACACAGCGACUUCCAGGGAUGUCAUCCAAAGAGGGGUUCACGAUGUGACAGUGGAUGCCGACAGCUGGGAUGACAGCAGCUCUGUGAGCAGUGGUCUCAGUGACACCCUCGAUAAUAUCAGCACAGAUGACUUGAAUACGACAUCCUCAGUCAGCUCUUACUCUAACAUCACUGUCCCUUCCAGGAAGAACACGCAGCUGAAGACAGAUUCAGAGAAACGUUCUACAACAGAUGAGACAUGGGAUGCUACCCAGGAGCUGAAGAAAACAGAAGAGGACCUCGACAGCCAUGGGGAUAGUGGCGGCAAGUGGAAGGCUAUUUCCUCAGGACUUCCUGAAGACCCCGAGAAGACAGGGCAGAAGGCCUCCCUGUCCAUCUCCCAGACAGGUUCCUGGAGAAGAGGCAUGUCUACCCAAGGGGGAGCGUCAUCUAGGCAGAAAGCUGGAACAAGUGCACUCAAGACCCCUGGGAAAACCGAUGAUGCCAAAGCUUCCGAGAAAGGCAAAAGUCCUCUAAAAGGAUCAUCUCUACAGAGGUCUCCUUCAGAUGCAGGAAAAAGCAGUGGAGACGAGGGGAAAAAGCCCCCUUCGGGCAUUGGAAGAUCUACUGCUCCCGGCUCUUUUGGAUUUAAGAAGUCAAGCGGGGUAGGCUCAUCUACUAUGAUCACGAGCAGUGGAGCCACAAUUACAAGCGGAUCGGCAACACUGGGUAAAAUUCCCAAGUCGGCUGCCAUCGGUGGGAAGUCCAGCGCCGGGAGGAAAACCAGUCUGGACGGCUCGCAGAAUCAGGACGACGGCGUGCUGCACGUGAGCUCCAAGUCGUCCCUGCAGUACCGCAGCCUGCCCCGCCCUUCCAAGUCCAGCGCGAGCGGCAUCCCCGGCCGAGGCGGCCACAGGUCCAGCACCAGCAGUAUUGAUUCCAAUGUCAGCAGCAAGUCGGCUGGCGCCACCACCUCGAAGCUCAGAGAACCUACUAAGAUUGGGUCAGGGCGCUCGAGUCCCGUCACUGUCAACCAAACAGACAAGGAAAAGGAAAAAGUGGCCGUCUCAGAUUCAGAGAGCGUUUCUCUGUCAGGGUCCCCCAAAUCCAGCCCCACCUCUGCCAGCGCCUGCGGGACACAAGGGCUCAGGCAGCCGGGAUCCAAGUAUCCUGACAUUGCCUCACCUACGUUCCGAAGGUUGUUUGGUGCCAAGGCAGGUGGCAAAUCUGCCCCUGCACCUAAUACUGAGGGUGUGAAAUCCUCCUCAGUAAUGCCCAGUCCUAGUACCACUUUAGCGCGGCAAGGCAGUCUGGAGUCACCGUCGUCUGGUACGGGCAGCAUGGGCAGUGCUGGUGGGCUGAGUGGCAGCAGCAGCCCUCUCUUCAGUAAACCCUCAGACUUAACUACAGACGUUAUAAGCUUAAGUCACUCGUUGGCUUCCAGCCCGGCGUCGGUUCACUCUUUCACCUCGGGUGGUCUCGUGUGGGCUGCCAAUCUGAGCAGUUCCUCUGCCGGCAGCAAGGACACUCCGAGUUACCAGUCCAUGACUAGCCUCCAUACGAGCUCUGAGUCUAUUGACCUCCCCCUCAGCCAUCAUGGCUCCCUGUCCGGACUGACCACAGGCGCUCACGAGGUGCAAAGCCUGCUCAUGAGAACGGGUAGUGUGAGAUCUACUCUCUCAGAAAGCAUGCAGCUUGACAGAAAUACACUACCCAAAAAGGGACUAAGAUAUACCCCAUCGUCUCGGCAGGCCAACCAAGAAGAGGGCAAAGAGUGGCUGCGUUCCCAUUCCACUGGAGGGCUGCAGGAUGCUGGCAGCCAGUCACCUCUGCUCUCCCCUUCUGCCAUGUCAUCUUCUGCGACAGGAAAAUACCACUUUUCCAACUUGGUGAGCCCAACCAAUCUGUCUCAAUUUAACCUUCCUGGGCCCAGCAUGAUGCGCUCAAAUAGCAUCCCAGCCCAAGACUCUUCGUUCGAUCUCUACGAUGACUCCCAGCUUUGUGGGAGUGCCACAUCUCUGGAAGAAAGGCCACGUGCCAUCAGUCAUUCAGGCUCCUUCCGAGACAGCAUGGAAGAAGUUCACGGCUCUUCAUUAUCACUGGUCUCCAGCACUUCUUCUCUUUACUCAACAGCUGAAGAAAAAGCUCAUUCAGAGCAAAUCCAUAAACUGCGGCGAGAGCUGGUUGCAUCACAAGAAAAAGUUGCUACCCUCACAUCUCAACUUUCAGCAAAUGCUCACCUCGUAGCAGCUUUUGAAAAGAGUUUAGGGAAUAUGACUGGUCGACUGCAAAGUCUAACUAUGACAGCGGAACAGAAGGAGUCUGAACUUAUAGAACUAAGAGAAACCAUUGAAAUGCUGAAGGCCCAGAACUCUGCUGCCCAGGCAGCUAUUCAGGGAGCACUGAAUGGUCCAGACCACCCUCCCAAAGAUCUCCGUAUCAGAAGACAACAUUCCUCUGAAAGUGUUUCUAGUAUCAACAGUGCCACAAGCCAUUCCAGCAUUGGUAGUGGUAAUGAUGCUGACUCCAAGAAAAAGAAAAAGAAAAACUGGGUGAACUCUAGAGGAAGUGAGCUGCGAAGCUCAUUCAAACAAGCCUUUGGGAAGAAAAAGUCCACCAAGCCUCCUUCCUCACAUUCGGACAUUGAAGAGCUUACAGACUCAUCCCUUCCAGCAUCCCCUAAAUUGCCCCAUAAUGCAGGUGACUGUGGGUCCGCGUCCAUGAAGCCCUCACAAUCCGCCUCAGCGAUCUGUGAAUGCACCGAGGCUGAGGCAGAGAUAAUUCUGCAGCUGAAGAGCGAGCUCAGAGAAAAGGAAUUAAAAUUAACAGAUAUCCGACUGGAGGCCCUCAGCUCUGCUCAUCACCUUGACCAGAUCCGGGAAGCCAUGAACCGGAUGCAGAAUGAAAUUGAAAUACUGAAGGCCGAAAAUGACCGCCUGAAGGCAGAAACUGGUCACGCAGCUAAGCCUGCUCGUCCUCCGUCAGAGUCCUCAAGUAGUUCGUCCUCCUCAUCUUCACGCCAGUCACUAGGACUUUCUCUGAACAACCUGAAUAUCACAGAGUCUGUUACCUCAGAUAUUUUGCUCGACGAUGCUGGUGAUACAACUGGACACAAAGAUGGCCGCAGUGUGAAAAUUAUAGUCUCCAUAAGCAAGGGCUACGGCCGAGCAAAGGAUCAGAAGUCUCAGGCCUAUUUGAUAGGAUCCAUUGGUGUUAGUGGAAAAACCAAGUGGGAUGUCUUAGAUGGUGUAAUCAGACGUCUCUUUAAGGAAUAUGUGUUCCGAAUUGAUACAUCCACUAGCCUUGGUCUGAGCUCGGACUGCAUUGCUAGCUACUGUGUAGGAGAUUUAAUUAGAUCCCAUAGCCUAGAAGUGCCUGAACUGCUGCCUUGUGGAUAUCUUGUUGGAGAUAAUAACGUCAUUACUGUGAACCUGAAAGGGGUAGAAGAAAACAGUUUGGACAGUUUUGUUUUUGAUACACUGAUUCCUAAACCAAUUACCCAAAGGUACUUUAACUUGUUGAUGGAGCAUCACAGAAUUAUACUCUCGGGACCUAGUGGUACUGGAAAGACCUAUUUAGCAAACAAACUUGCUGAAUAUGUAAUAACCAAAUCUGGAAGGAAAAAAACAGAGGAUGCAAUUGCCAUUUUUAAUGUGGACCACAAGUCAAGUAAGGAGUUGCAACAGUAUCUAGCUAACCUGGCUGAACAGUGCAGUGCUGAUAAUAAUGGUGUAGAACUCCCUGUUGUAAUAAUUCUUGAUAAUCUUCAUCAUGUGGGCUCUUUGAGUGAUAUCUUCAAUGGUUUUCUCAACUGUAAAUACAACAAAUGUCCAUAUAUUAUUGGAACAAUGAAUCAGGGAGUUUCUUCAUCACCAAAUCUAGAGUUGCAUCACAAUUUCAGAUGGGUGCUAUGCGCAAACCACACAGAACCAGUGAAAGGAUUUUUAGGCAGAUAUCUUCGAAGAAAACUGAUAGAGAUAGAAAUUGAAAGGAAUAUACGCAAUAACGACUUAGUCAAAAUUAUAGAUUGGAUUCCUAAGACAUGGCAUCAUCUCAACAGUUUUUUGGAAACACACAGUUCUUCUGAUGUUACCAUUGGUCCCCGACUUUUCCUUCCUUGCCCUAUGGAUGUAGAAGCUUCUAGGGUUUGGUUCAUGGAUCUCUGGAACUAUUCUUUGGUUCCUUACAUUCUGGAAGCAGUGAGAGAAGGUCUUCAGAUGUAUGGGAAACGGGCACCUUGGGAAGACCCCUCAAAGUGGGUGCUUGACACAUACCCGUGGAGCUCAGCGUCUCUGCCUCAGGAUGGUCCAGCAUUACUUCAGUUGCGACCAGAAGAUGUUGGGUACGAAGGCUGCAUAGCCACUAAGGAAGCCACAACCUCAAAGCACAUUCCACAAAGUGACACGGAAGGGGAUCCUCUGAUGAAUAUGCUAAUGAAACUCCAAGAAGCAGCCAAUUACUCGGGCACACAAAGCUGUGACAGCGAUAGCACCAGCCACCAAGAAGACAUUUUAGACUCAUCUCUCGAAUCUACUCUCUAGAGGGUGAAAAAAGUUAGGGGAAGAGACUCAUGCUUUUUCGAAAUGUGUAAAAAGUAAAGUAUUUUCACUAAACCACUGCCAGUAUGAAAGCACCCUGUCAGGGGCCCUGACCCAGAGUUGUGGUCUCCAAGGAGGCAGCUGAACCGAGUCUGAACCGCCAAGAUGCUAAAUUGAGAUGGGAGCUUAACUUUAUUUUGUUUCUAGGCAUUUUUAUAUCCGUGGAGUGACGUACGGCUCCACUGCUCAACUGGAAAGGACCCUAAUGACAGGGCAACCGAAUAGAUUGCACACGGGAUAGCCAAACUGGACUUUAUUUUUCUCCUCUUUAAAAGUUUACAGUGCAGACCUUUUUUUGUCCCCUCCUUUCGUUUCCUCUGACGGGCCGUCCUCCCCAGGCAGGGCCCCUUCUCCGUCCAGCCUCCUUUGUGCCACAUGGUGCUGGUCCCAGGGCUCCAGUAGUGUUCGUGUGGUGCGCUCACCCCAUUGCAAAAUGCAGCCGCGAGGCCAGCCCUCCAUCAGCACAAAGGGAAUUGUGCUACCGCCAGGAAAACACUACUGCGGCGAGCUGGAUACGUGCCAAUGUGAUUCCUAACUGCCACGUUCACACGAUGUGCUCCGCCCACUUUUCCGUGUAUGAGUCACAGGUUUUAUAAGGUUGUUUUUACCACAGUGGUCUUUGUAAACCACCUGCCCACUCCCUUAACAAGAGUUUUAUACCAAUUACUAGUCGACACUGACAAAAGGCUUUUUUAGGGCUUCGUUCGUUUGAGCCUUUUCAGUGAAAGAAGGAACAUUUCCUAUGGUGCUGUCUCACUGCCUUAAAACAGAUUUCUACAACAGUUUAACAGCUGGUUUAAAUCCUAAACCACUGGUAAUUUCCACUGUCUUUUCAUUUACAACCAAGCAAUGCCAGUUAAUACAAUAGCCUCAUCUCUAUAUAUCUUUUUUUUUUUUUUUGGAAGAAUUGGUUAGAAGAAAAAAAAAAUCAGUAUUUUUACCUGGGGUGUUUAGAUUGCCCUUUCUCCAAAAUGUUCAAGUAACCCGGAAACCCUCUCUGACCGUCACUUAAAAGCGAAGACAUGUGGCCGAACUCCAUCCAGUUAUAGGCAAGAGAGUUUUAGAAGGAGGGAGAUUUGGAGAUGCAACAUGAGCACAACUGUCUGGCUUUCCUCCCCGAUUCCUUUUCUUCUUAUUACUGUUACUCUUAGUUUUGAGCAUGUUGUUUCGAUUGCUAUUGUCGUACACGAGAAAUUCAGCAUUAAAGAACACUGAAGCAGUGUAGUCACUGUGGAAGAGGAAGCGUUUAUACUGUAAAAGAAGGUUAGAUUUGCACAGUCUACUGGGUAGGUAUUGUAAAUAAUCAUUUUAAAAACUCGCACAAAUCCAAACAGACACACACGAAAAUGUAUCUUAUCCCGUUGGUGUUAAGCGGUGUUUCGCUUGCUGAGAUUUCCUGUACAUUGCGAACAAAUACAGAAUGCAAACCCUCGAAGCUGUUAUUAUCCGGCGUGUUUGUCCUGUACUUACAGUUGUUAUGACUAUGCAGGAGCUAUCAGUGCUAGAGUGAGCAUGCUUCAAAACUGUUCAUGAAGCCAAUACGUAUUUGGAAAAGAAAAAUGUCCAAAAGUGCAUCUGUUGUGGCAGGCUUUAAAGAGAGUGCAUGAAAACUGAUGGGAAUCAUUGGAGAAGUUACCACCAUACACAGGACGGGUCUUUAAGUUUUUAGAACCGAAGGGCUAGGUCAUGGUGUAGACUUGUUCUAUGCACGUGAAAAUAUGUUGCUUUCAGGAGGUGCAAUUGGUGCUACUCUCUGUGACCACCCGUGGGUCAGUUGCUCUAGAACAAUAACAACACAAGACAUCUGUGCAGUUUUCAGAGUGUCUCUAAGUCUCUAGGUCCUACCCGGUGCUAUUGCCCUAAGGGAAAUCUGAACCGAAUUUAUGCACAUAGAAUUGUCACCCUGACUUUGAAGCCUCAAACAUGGAUCAAAGCUGUUUUGAAACAUCACUAUAUGUAGCUGGAUGAGUGACUAGUUGCCCUUGUAUAAUACGUGAUCUAAAACAAUUGCUAAUCUUUCCCUGCCAUUUCGAGAAACACAGUCCAAACAUGAUCAUAAACAGAAAUCCCUGCAAUACAUCCCAGUAGGUUCACCUAGUUUACAACUUAAACUAGUUUGUGAAACAUUUGUCUGUAAACAUUUUAUAUUUUGUACAUUUUUGAUGUAACAUAUCAUGUAAAUAGGCAGAAACAGUGAAAUAAAUCAUCUGAAAAGUUUUGUAGUCUUUGUAAAGCCCCGACAAUAAGUACUUGGUGUCAAUGGACUUAACUGGAUGAUGUAUUUUCUAUUGGUUUAUUGUUCCUCUAGCUUGUAAACCAGCUUGCAUAUAUUUUUUUGCAAACGUGCACCCUGUAUCUGUCUAAAUUAUUACUUUGCCAUUAAAGUGGAAUUAUUUAUUGACAA